UGUAUUAACAACGACACACCUGAUGACAUUGUCUUCAUUUAAUUGUUUCAAAGUUCGCCACGCUACAUUGUAUAUGCACUUACUGACACACCCAGUACUGCGUAAAGCAGGCAGCUAACCCUUUUAAAGUGAUAACCGUAUAUAGAUGUCAUAUACCUGUAUAUCAAUGUGCUGCAAGAGAAACAAGCUGACGGUGGCCUCCUACUAGCUGGACACUUGCAAAGGGAUUAGCGUGUGAAUUUCAGUAGCGUUAGGACCCAGAAGAACACAAGAGCUCCCAAAUAUGGCGGAGCAAAACAAGGAAGAUUCCGGGCGAAAGUUUGUCAGUGAACUAUUAAGCCCGUCUGAGCUGUUUACAGCCAGGUCCAGGAGCCACAAGAUCCCCGUCAGAGGUCAGAAAGACUUCUACCCCAACGACUCCGCUGAGCAGCAGCAGAGGCUCCAGCAGAGCCUAAGGGAGCACUGGAGUCUAGUGUCGGAGGAGAGAGUGGAGAGGCUGGGAAACCUGGUUAAGGCCACGUGGAUUCCAAGCGAGCAGAUCGUGGAACUUCAGUCUCCAGCGGGCAAGUUUUGGCAGACAAUGGGAUUUUCCGCCAGUGGAAAGCAGUGUCUCCUCCCUGAAGAGGCCCUCUACCUGAUGGAGUGUGGAAGUGUGCAGGUGUUUUACCAGGACCUCCCGCUGUCCAUCCAGGAUGGCUACGAAAGGCUUCUGUCGUCCAGCACUGUGAGCCUGCAGCAAUAUCAGGUGUUUGGGCAUCUGAAGAGGCUGGGCUUUGUGGUGCACAGGUUCAAUGCCAGCUCGGAGCCGUCUUCCUUCGCCCGGCAGCUGAACCUGCCGCAGUCACGUGACCGAGCAGGAAGACUGCUGAAGAGGAAGCGCAGCGACAGCCCCUCCGACUCCCCCUCACGCAGCCACACAGAAUCACAAGAUGUGUCCCCUGUUAAGAGAGCAGAAGGGGAAAAACAUCCUGAGUCGCAGCUAACGGCCUCCCAAAUAAACUCGGGGGGCCAAAGCGCUCUGCCAGAUCAAAGUGGGGGUCGGCCCUGGUGGCUGACAGACCCCCUGGGCGCCGCUGGCCGCGAGGCCAACAAACACACAUGUCAUGGUUCGUCACGCUGGGAUGACUCCAUCAAGUUCCCGGACCUGGGCUCCCUGCAGCUCUCCUCCAGCUUCUUGGCAUCCCCCGACCCGUCUCUGCUGCCUGGAGCUCUCACUGUGGGGGGGUGUGACGUCAGGCCCUGGACAAGGAGGAUCAACCAGCGUGAGGUGAAGGAGAGUGCAAGGGACGAGCGCGGGCGUCGCUGGGAUGUCAAUGGAGACGAGAAGGUGCGACAGUGCAGGAACUGGGUGGAAUACCAGCAGCUUCUGGCCAGACGGCAGGGGCAGAGGACCGGUCGACCCGCACACUUGUGGAAGAAGGAAGUUGCUCCUUUACACGACCCGACGCAACCCAUCUCAACAGGUGAACUGUUGGACAAAAUCACUGUGAUCAAGUCCACACAUUUGCUGGAGGGAGCGUCCAGCAUAAAGGCCUCGGAUCAGUGGAGGAUUUCUUUCAGUGUUUACCAGCCUGACACAGUGGCUGACUUCAAGAAGAGCAGCCCGGGGAAGCCCUACGUCCGCAUGUGUGUGUGCAGCUUCAACGGGCCCAUGCCGGACCUGCGGGCCAUCAAGCAGCUGACCUUCCAGAGCGGCGACAUCCCGGUGGUGUUUGCUGUGGUGGACUACGGGGACAUCUCCUUUUACACCUGCAAAGACUUCCAACUACCCAAAGAUGUCUACCCAUGACCCCUCGCUGCCCUGCGGUGCUCUUAAAGCUCCCGUCAGGACCUUACAAAUGUUGGCCAGAAGUCAGAAGACUGCCUUGUAGAUAAAUGAAAUGCUUUAUCUUUAAGAUGGUUGACGUUAGUGGUCAGGGAUAAAAAUGUGUUUUUAUGCACAAUAAAUGGUUGAUUAGAAUG